GAACUUCAAAAGUGAUGGUUAGAAAAGAGCGGUAUGCAUGAUGUAAGCGCAGGAGUGUGUUAAAUUUUUUUACACAAUGGGUUAACAUAAUAAUUUUGCAAGUGUUUUAUUGUUCAGUGUGUUGUGGGAAUGAAGACGAGUCGGAAUGAGAUCUUAACGCGGCAUAACAAUGCCAUUUGUUCAGCGUGUGGUGGAGCCUAAAUUCCUCAGCCGGCGAAGUCUGCAUGCCGAUGAUGGCCAACCCUUAGUUUCUGAUUAUGAGCUUGAAGCCGUCACAAACAACACCUUAAGCAGUGCUCUGCGACAAUUAGCAUGCCUUGUACUAAUUGCGAAUGAUAUAUUUGAGGAUCUAAGGAAGCAGCUUGAAGAUGUUUCCGAACGAUCUAAAAGGUUACGAAAUCGCAUCGAGUCCGUGGAGGGGAAAGUUACGGCAUUUGAUCCCAAGAAGGUGACAGUUCCUGAGAGCGACAUAACGACGUUCAGCCUGAGAACUGAGCACUUCUCCUCUUGCGAAGAUGUGGCCGCCACCAAGAAUCUCUUCGCGGUUGGGACUCGACCGGAAUGCGUACAACGGCUUUAUGAGACGGCGGCGAAGACGCCGGUUCACAUGAUGCGUCAGUUGGACAGGUACCGUCGCGACGGCCGCCGCAGUUCUCGCUACUUCCUCUGUACUCCAAUCUUGGGCGGUGAACGUCGCAGCGUCGCUAAGAUUAAGCAUAAACCGGGAAUCGACAUCGAGACUCGAAUGCCCGCUGCCGUUAACCAUCUGCGACGCUGGACGUCUGAAGAAGCUUUCGGUGACAUCACUGUUACUCCUGAUUGUACAAGCCGCAUCGCUUCUUCUAUAGACGCCGGAGCAACUGAGAUCGGUUUAGAAGACGACAAUGUAGAUUCCGGCACAGACCACCGACUGCCAUCGCCUGAGGAGCAAGUCCAGACCGUGGCACUGCGGUUCCCCCCCGAACUUGUUGCUGUGGACAUCUCAGGACGCCCGUUCGAUCGGAUGACCAGCUUCAGGCGUUCCCUGAUACAUGUCCAAAUAGACGCCGAUGGUACUGUGAGACGGCGCAGUGGCCGAAGUAGGAAGCCGCGUGGUCGAAGGAGGAAUACCAUAGCGGGAACUGACCAGCGCGAACUCGAGCAGGCGAUCACAGGGGAAAACCCAGGUGGCAGUGCAGGUGUACCAGAUAUUAGUGCAGAUGCCAUAUCUGUGGUGCGUAGUGCAAGCAGUGACCUUCUCCGUUCUAAAGAUGACUCACCAUCAGACAGUAAGAAAUCCCAUUUCAGUACGCUAAAACAGUGGGGUAAGGUGAAAUUGAAAUUGAUACGUAGUGUCAGUGGAGAUACUAACAAAGCCUCACCAGAGGAAACAAACAUAUAUGAAACUGUUACUGCUAAAGGAAAGAAGGGAGAUUCAAAACCUGAAAAGAAGCAGUCAUCUGCUGUAAGAAAUAUUGCAGUCUCUGCUUCUUCUGGGACCAUGAAUAUGGCUGUCAAAUUACGUGAAGGUUCAGUACGAAGGCGUGCAUUCACAAAUGGCAAAGAAGAUCCUCUUCAUUCAUCAUCUGGAAAUUGGAGUGCUAGUUCAGAAAGUGGUAGAGCAUCAGUUGGUUCUGAAAAUACUGCCACAACACACCAGCCAAAAUCAACAACAACUCUUUCUUCAGCUGCCACGUCCAGCAAUUCCCUAAAUCACCAUCAAGCGCCUUCUUCUUCUGUUAGCAGCCGCCGAAAAUUCCUCAAUACUUCUGCAUCUUCUUCUAUCAGUGAAGGAACCCUGACACCUGACAUUGUAUCAGACCUCGUGUCUCCUUUUCCAGAUGAUGGUGAAACAAGUUCCAUCUAUUCUUGUGAUACUGAGGGUUACUACACUUCCUUUCAUAUGGACAGUGGCCUUAAAACUCUUAAAGAAGAAGAAUCGUUGUCAUCACAAACACCACUUAAUUCUACUGUGGCACUUUCUACAUCACCAGGACGAGGUAAUGCUACAUUAACAGCCGAGAACGAAUAUGAACUUUUUGGGAAAGGAUCUACAAGUACAACGACAAGUUCUGCCGGGACAGUGUGCACCACAUUGCUAGUGGGUAAUGACAACAGUAUGUCAGCUACUCCAGCUCCAGCGGUUCCUGAGAGAAAGAGUUCUUUGGAAGGGAAACAGGAGAAGAACGAUCAGAUGGUGGUGGCUGUGAUUCAUAAACAACAGAGUGAAGUUCCAUCAGAGUCGCCAGAUAGUGGUCAUAACACAUCGAGCUCACCUGUUGAUUCUACUAACAGCCCACCUGGAACUCUUACUGGAAGGAGUUCUGAAUAUGAGUUCUCAGAGUCUGAUCUGGAAGGUGUUGAUAGAAUAGAGAGGAUUAGAGUUAAGACAACAAUCAAUUCAAGUCGAAUCCCAUCCAUGUGUGUCAUAACACCACCUCAGUCAGAUGAUGAGACAUGCCAAUUUGUGCCUUCUUAUAGCAGGAAACACAGUCCUCAUAUACAGCCUUCACUGGGUUCGAAUGGUGAUGUUAGGAGCUGCUCAUUAUCAGGAAAAAGAGAUAACAGACACCACAUCAAUCUUGAACUGGCCUCACCACAAGAAAGUAGAUCGUCAUUCUAUAACUCACUUCCAAGAAAAUUUGAAAAACAACUUAGUACCGAUUCAGACCAUUCAAGUGAGACCGAACCUUCAAGGAUAAGGAGUCGCAGCGCAUGUAGAGCACCCACACCCAUAGGUUAUAGAGAAGAGAGAUCUGCUUCUUUGAAGACUCGAACCCAUGGCUUGUCUCCUAGUCCAACAAGAAAAGCAAUAGCUUUAAGUGAUGUUAAAUCAAAAGUUCAUCAACAAAAGACAGCACCCAUGCUCAGGUCCUCCCUCCAGCCUUUCAAUAACAUGAUAGAUAAAGUAAAAUGUGUUCUCUCCUCUGCUGGCAGUACUAGAAAGGGGUCAAAGUUAUCAGCAGGAGAACAAAGUGACAUUUCACCAACUGAGCCUGACAUAUCACCUCCUGUAGAUGCUGGUGACUAUGUUACCAUUGCUGAUGUUCGUAACAACACCAGGGCUGAAAUAUAUUAUCAGGGUCAACCUGGAAAUCUUUAUUCAAAUACUGGUCAAAUGAGGAGCCCUCCAUGUCUAUCAGAGAAGAUGGAAUAUGUUUCACUAAAUGAACUUCCAGGUCCAACAAGGGCUUCAUCACCAUCUGGGAACGUUCUGAUUGCACCUUCAGAUUCUCUUGAGCGUAAGAAACGUCAGGGAGCAAGAGUGACAUUAGAUUCAGAGGGUAAAGUUGUUUACUCUUCUGACAGCCUUCGAAGGAACAAAGGAGCACAUACAACUUUCGAACCUGGUCCUUAUAUAAAGGAUCCUAGAAUUACAACACCAGUUGCCAGUCCAAUUCCAGCACACAGAGUUCCUAAAUCCAACAUCCGUCCAGUUGCAGUUUCAAAUCAGCAGGGUCGAAUUUCACCUUGCCCAGUAGUAGGCACAGCUGAUGUUCUCAGCUCUCCAAUCUCCCAGAGAGGCAGACCCUUGUCACCAAGACAACAGAUUUCUCCUGCACGAGGUAAAUUAACAUCACCAACAUCCCCACAGCUUGGAAAGGUUAUAAUCAAGGCAGGAAGUAAAACUACACCAAUGAUGAGGGUAGCUUCUCCACCUUUAGCAAUAGCUUCCCGGCCAUUGUCCCCGAAACCUUCUUCAGCCACAGCAACGGGCCGUGGGGCCUAUGUUCACAUGCAGUCAGCACAUCAAAGAUGUUUGAGUCCACCAGGGGGAAGAUCAGCUUCUUCCGUUACCUCGCCCAUCGAUGAUGACGAAGGCCAAUCAUCUUUGGGAUAUGAUUCUCCUCAUCAGAGGCCACCGAGAUAUGUCAGUCCACCAGCAGUACAGCGCCCACCGUGGUCUUCCGUGCAUUGCCAUGGUACAAGUAUGAGGUCAGCAGGAUCUCAGGAUUCACAAGUAUUCUGGACUUUACCAGCAAGAAGACCUCAGUAUCAAGAAACUGACAAUAAUAUAUCAAUGAACAAGCAAGAACUUGAUUACCAGCAUAGGAAACGGUUCAAUACCAUAGCGACAGCUGGAAGUGGUACAAAAAUAAAUCAGAACCAGUCUUAUGUUCACUGUGAUGACAGGCCGCAGUCAACAGCUAUAAGUUGUUAUGGAGGUCCUUCCUUGUCUGUUGGUGCUUACCAGUCUAGUCAGCAUAAGAGUUCUCUUCCUGUAAAUCGGAAUGUGAUUCACCAGAAUCGUGGGCCUUUUCAAGGUGCAGUGUAUUCACAACUGCGACCAAAAUAUCCAACUCCUGUCAGCAUUCCAAAUAUACCCAAUAAUGAAAGGGCAUGUGUACAGAGCAGCAGUGGAAGAACCUACAAUUCAAAUUACUAUCCUAGUGCUCCAUUAUGGCAAGAUUCCCAGAAUGGUUUCUGUUCAUCUACACCUACAAAGGAUAGGACGGCAUCACUCUUGCAAAAUGAUUCUACAUUGAUGUCCUUUGGGACAACAUUUUCACCCAUUGAGAAAUAUUCUCGAAAGGAAGAAGUAGCAAGGCAUUCUUCAAUAACAGAUGGGAACAGAUCCAAUUCUAGAGUCCUUAAAAUGUCUCGUGAAAGUAAAACUGAUGUACCAAAACUUGUUUCAGUACCCAAAACAUCAAUGACAUCUGAAGAGAUCUUUGUUGCUAUCCAUAAAUCAAAGAAACGGCUGAAUAUCAAGACAGAUUCUAGUAGCUAUGGCCGCAGUCAUUCACCAUCGUGUUCUUCCCUGACCAGUCUUUCACCUGGAAGUUCGGAGUCAUCUAUCCAUGGCAUUGGGGGAAGCAAUACACCCAUUAAAGUAGGUCCAGAGACUGGAUCAUUUAAUGAUGACAACUCAGCUGGAAGUAGACACAGCUGGUCUCCAAAUUCAGGAGAAUACUUCGAUUUCUAUAGUCGUUUUGAACGUAGAACUCCUUCCCCAGUAACAUCCCCUAGUUCCAGGCAAAGCUGGGCAUGUGAUAGGCUAGGCCCUCGGCAACACACUUCUAGGAAUGAUUUCAAACGUUUAUUAUUACAGCAGGGAGCAGUAGGAUCUGGCAAUUCAGGUGGAAGGAUAUCAGCUGUGGAGCAGCUUAAACUGACAAGACAGCAAAAACAAGGAACUCUUCCUUCAGGUGGUACAGUUAGUAACAGUUACACACCAAGAAGUCCUGCAGAAAAAAGAACAGGUACUUCCAAACUGCUUCAAUCUCCACGGUCAAAUACGAUAUGGAGAUUUGCUUCACCCAGAACAGAUGUCCUCUCCUCCACAAUACUGGAAGAUUGUGCAGAGGAAGAGGAUGCAUCUAAUUCCCCUCAACACUCCCAACCAACUCCACAACUGCCACCAGCAACAUCAGAUAGUGCUGGACAUUCUUCAGUACAAAGACCGCUGAACUUAUCCUUUGACAAAACUGGUAGACAUUCCCCUAACAAAGACAUAAAUCAAGACACGAAACCUCUUACUUCACAACAAACCCAAAGGGAAUCAUCUCCAAGAGCAGCCAUGAAAAGCCUUGUCAAAAAUUCAAAUACAAAGAAUCUUCUCACUUCAGAGACAAAUACAGCUCCCAAAAAUACCUUUUUGCCUAAAGUAAGCAAUCUUAAAAAUGGUAGCUUACUGUCUCCAGAAUUGUUAUCCCCAUCAAAUGUGAAGGAGAACGUGAACACCAAUUUGCAGCCCUCAGGCGUAGUGAGCACAAAUUUAGGUGGUACAGCAGCCAAGAGUGCGACAAGUCUUAAUAACCACCAGCCAAUUGGUCAUUUGAUACUGCAGUCACCUUCUCAUCGAAUCAAUAUGCUUCUUGCCAGGCAGAGAGUUCAUCAGUACUCCAGUCAUGGGACUACUGCAAGGUCCAUCCUUGGUGCUCUGACAGCUUCAAAGUCUCCACCUAAGGCAACUCUCGAAACUGCUCUGUAAAUUAUUUUAAUCCUAUUUAUCAUAAAACUCUUAUUUCACAUACUAAUAAUUAAAGUGUAGGAUUCUCAUUAAGUGAGUCCCCAACUCAUAUUACCUACCUGUAUCAUGGUUAGGUUAAAAAGAGAGACUUUUUGGAAUACAAUUAAGAUGUAUGAUUAAUUAUCAGUAAGCGGCUUCAAAAGUCUAAAAUUCUUACAGUCCACCAUAAUUUUUAUGUUUUUGUCAUUUUUUAAAAUUUGAAGUAUAAUCCAUUUGUUAGACAAAACGGUUCAUUUAGCACUUCAUUUUAGAAGCAUAUAUAUAUCCAAAAAUUUUGCCAUGUAUAUUUUGAAAAUAUAUAUCAGCAUUGAGAAUUAAAUGUAGCUGUACAACAUCUGAACAUGGCAAUGUUUUAGAUAAAUUAAAACACAAAAUUUGGUGUUAUAAUGGUUUGUGAGUCUCUGUGGCUGUGUCUUCUAAGCUUAUAUUCUAUGUUCACACAUUCACUAAAUCUAUAUGAUUUAUUUAUUUGCAAAUGUAUGAAGCAUUUUGACUUAGCAUGGGCCAUUGUCAGAUAUGUCACUUAAUGUUCCAACUUAUCACAUAAUUAAAAACAAAAUUAUUAAUUUUCAGUGCCUGCUUAGUUGGUUCUGUGCUGUAUAGCCAAAAGGAAUUUACAGACUCAACUGUGAAUAUUGGCAAGGACUCUGCAUGUGUCAGAGUUCAGAAUCAGAUAUUAAAUUACAUAUAAAUGACAUCUAUUUUUUAUAGAUAUAAAUAUAAAUUCACAAACAUGUAACAGACACAGAACAUAGUAGACAAAUAUUAUGUUGGACAGUGUCCAUAAUCUGAGACCUAUUUUAAAUGUGCAGCAUCAGUUUCUGUCAUCAGGUGUGGGGGCAGAAUCCUACCCAGUUGAGCCCAUUAUAAGGAGUUAGUGUUGAUCAUUGAACAGUAUGCAGUCCACUAAUCAAGCCAAGCUCCUUCUAAUGGGCCCAACUGAGUAGGGUCGCCCCAUGUUGAUGGAAAUGGAUCUAGUUUCAGAAAAACUUAUUGUGAAUGUGCUCCAUUGGACACUGUCCAGCAUAAUAUUCAUAAAAUGAACAGACUAUUGUCAUGAACUCUAAAGUUUGGAGAAUCACAAAACAUCAGUGUAACACAAUACACAAUUCAUUUUGAAACUACACCCUGAAGAAAAUAAUUUAAACUUGUGAAAAAUUAUGUAUAUAAAUUUUGUCAUAAUGAAUGAUCAGUUCAUUGAUGAUGACAAUAUAGUUAUGCACUAAUUGCUCAAAAUUAAGCAGGUUUCUAUAUCUCACCAGCAAGGAAUGACAUAGUGUCAUUAGAGGAGAAAUUCUUCUAUAAUUGAUACAGAAAUAAAUAGAUUUUAACAGACAUUAAUCAGGAAAAACAUAAGAAAACUAAAUAAAUAAGAAUUAAAUUAAAGAAACUUCAGAUGACAAAUACAUUUCUGACCUCCAGAAUGUAUUAUUCGAGAAAUGUAGUUUUCAUUUUAAUUUCUGCUCUCUGCUUCCCUGUGUGUGUGCGCUAUUCUAAAUAUAAACAUUUUGUGUUUAUAAACUUUUCCGAAAUUAUAGAAAACUCUUAGAUGAUAUAUAGUAAAGCAUAACUGAAGAACAAUUGGUGGAAAUGAGAAGUAGCAUUAUUAAUUUUGUUAUUAGUGUUAAUACUAAACAAUGAACAUGAUGACAUGCCAUGUCAAAUGUGCAAGAUAUUCAUGGUAUAUAAAACGUGUUUCUAGUGAAGGCUUAUUGUAAUCAAAAUAUAAUUAUGAAAAAGUUAAAUAGUUCCAUUCAGUGUGACUAGUUAAGAUUUUCUUAUUUCAA